GUUGAUCAAGAGACUUCCGGUCGCUAUCGUCUGUUAGGCUCUUUCUGUUGACUACAGAGGAAUCCCACCUCUGGAUCUGAGUUAAAUACAUUUACGAUAAUGCCCACAAUAAAACUACAGAGCUCCGAUGGAGAAAUCUUCGAGGUGGAUGUUGAGAUAGCAAAACAGUCUGUCACCAUCAAGACCAUGUUAGAAGAUUUGGGAAUGGAUGAUGAAGGAGACGAUGACCCAGUUCCCCUCCCUAAUGUAAAUGCUGCCAUCCUCAAGAAGGUUAUUCAGUGGUGCACUCAUCACAAAGAUGACCCCCCUCCUCCUGAGGACGAUGAGAACAAGGAGAAGAGGACAGAUGACAUUCCUGUAUGGGACCAGGAGUUCCUCAAAGUGGACCAAGGCACCUUGUUUGAACUCAUUCUGGCCGCCAACUAUUUGGACAUCAAAGGUCUGUUAGAUGUCACCUGCAAGACGGUGGCCAACAUGAUUAAAGGCAAAACCCCGGAGGAGAUCAGGAAGACUUUCAACAUCAAAAAUGAUUUCACAGAGGAGGAGGAAGCCCAGGUACGCAAAGAGAACCAGUGGUGUGAAGAGAAGUGAAGGGGAGAUCCUGCCAACACUACCACACUGAAUAGGAACUGUUCCUGCUAACUGGUUGCACUGGUGUUGUUCAUACUUGUCAAUAUUUACAUUUAGUAUAUUUAGAGCCAGCGCCCCUGUCCCCUUAUUUCUCUACACCCAUAGCAUGACCAUUUUAACCUGCCUGUGUAUUGUCAUUAUUUAAACAGAAGCUCUUUUGUUUCCACACGAGCACAUAUUGUGUAUCCACUUAAGAUAAAUAGUCUCGGUUUCAUGGCUUUGGUACCAGAUUAGAAGACGUCCUCCCCAUUAUUAAUCGCUACGGUUGUCUUUUUUUACUGAACAUGUUUGUUUUUCUUUUAGGUUUAAAUUGAUAAAAUAAAAUGGCUUUUUUGACAAUGGAAAUGAAAGGGUGAAUAUUUUAUUUUUGUUCUGUAAAGCCGUGUUCACAGAGGGUCGGCCGUUUUAAUGGGAACUCAGUUUGAGGUGGAAAGAUGUUUUCUUUGCGUGAUGUCCUUUGGACUCGAAGUACUUGUGUGUUGUCACACAGCGUCGAGUAGCUCAUUCCUAAUUCAUGUUUUGAAUUGGAAACUUUCUUGGAUAAAGCUCUGCUGGAUUUUUGGGAUGAUCAAACAUUUAUUGAAGGAUUAAAUAAAACGUAUAAAAAGG